GGGACACGGGGAAGGGCGGAAGGAGGGCCCUUAACUGACGGAGUCCCAGGGCUGGAGAGCGGCAUAUGCACGCACGCGCGCACACACACACACAGCACGCACAGGAGCAAGACAGACAGCUACCCAGCGACAUCCUUGUACAAAACACAAAACAAAACAACCCACGCGGACUCAUACGUGCACCUAUGCGUAUGCUAGCGAUCGCACAGCAUUGUCCAUGUACUCAGAAGCGCACACACGUACACGCAAACAUGCUCACCCAUGCACAGGUGCCUGGACCCAAACCCUUCACGCACAAACUCAGGUAUGUUCACCUGUGUCCUUACAUACCAAGACAUACUCAGACGAGUCCACACUGAGAAGUUUAAGGACGCUCACCUGUACACAGCCUUGCUCACUGGCACCCGCGUACUGACACCACUCAUACACAACGUUCACGCGAGCACAGGGGACGACACACACUCUAUACCUGUGAUGGAAACACACACUAGAGACACACACGGCCAUGGGACUGGGGCAGGGGACGUGGGCACCCAGAGCAGGGGCGGUGUGGGAAUCCAGUGACUGUUGAGAUGUUUCGGGGAGAGGGAACAGAAGAGUCCAUCCCAAGAAGGAGACAGCCUUCCUUCCCCCGCCCCAUGGCCCCAGAGUCCGUUCUCGGGGCAGAACCCCGGGGCCCCCCACUGGGAAGGGCCCCCGCCUACAGGCCUUCGGAAAAGAGGCCUUCCUACAGCAGGAAUGUCCCCCCAAAAGCCCCCGGGUGAAUCAGCCGUGGCCUCCCUCGGGGUAGAAAAUCCCAAGGUUGCUCCAGGACGGGGGAGGGGAAGGGGGCAGGAGGCGGGCCCAGCCCCGGCCUAAAAGUGUCCGCCAGAUUUGAAAGACCCUCCAGUCCCCGGCGCCUGCCCUGGUGUGAGGAAGGGGGCCCAACCACCAGGGGCGUUUCCCUGGGUCUGGCUGCCCCUAUGCUCUCAGAGGCGCUACAAGGAGCUCAGAGGCCAGCAACCACCUCGCGCCCCUCCCGCCGCGGGGGCGUGUCCAGUGGCGUCAUUUCCAGGCCCGCCCCCUCCGGCCCCGCCUCCCACUGGUAUUUUCGGGACUUUCCUAAGCUGUUCUAACUUUCCUGCCGCUUCCCCGGCCCAGCCCAGCCCAGCUCCGGAUCUCGCUCUCCACCGGAUCUCGCCCGCCACCCGGACGGGUGGCUGGAAGAGAUCAGACCCUCCCCCAAAUCUGGGUCCCCCUCGCCCCCCCAAUCCUGUCCUGAUCUGUUUUCCCUCCCCCGCCACUCCCCCCAACCCCCCACCUAAGGCGGGCGCCUGAAACUCUGGGAAACAGAACCCGGCCGGAGCCACCAGACAGAGCCGGGCCUAGCCCAGAGACAUGGAAAGUUGCUACGACCCAGCUCUGGAUGGCAUGAUUGAAUAUGAUGACUUCAAAUUCGACCCGUCCAUUGUGGAGCCCAAGGAGCCAGCCCCAGAGACAGCCGAUGGUCCUUACCUGGUGAUAGUGGAGCAGCCUAAGCAGCGAGGCUUCCGAUUUCGAUAUGGCUGUGAAGGCCCCUCCCAUGGAGGAUUGCCAGGUGCCUCCAGUGAGAAGGGCCGGAAGACUUAUCCCACAGUCAAGAUCUGUAACUACGAGGGACCAGCUAAGAUCGAGGUGGACCUGGUAACGCACAGUGACCCGCCUCGUGCUCACGCCCACAGCCUGGUGGGCAAGCAGUGCUCGGAGCUGGGGGUCUGCGCCGUGUCUGUGGGGCCCAAGGACAUGACUGCCCAAUUUAACAACCUGGGCGUUCUGCAUGUUACCAAGAAGAACAUGAUGGAGAUUAUGAUACAAAAACUUCAGAGGCAGCGACUCCGCUCCAGGCCCCAGGGCCUUACUGAGGCUGAGCGGCGGGAGCUGGAGCAGGAGGCCAAGGAGCUGAAGAAGGUGAUGGACCUGAGCAUUGUGAGGCUGCGCUUUUCUGCCUUCCUUCGAGCCAGUGAUGGCUCCUUCUCCCUGCCCCUGAAGCCAGUUAUUUCCCAGCCCAUCCAUGACAGCAAGUCUCCUGGGGCAUCGAACCUGAAGAUUUCUCGAAUGGACAAGACAGCUGGCUCUGUGCGGGGUGGAGAUGAGGUUUAUCUGCUUUGUGACAAGGUGCAGAAAGAUGACAUCGAGGUUCGGUUCUAUGAGGAUGAUGAAAAUGGAUGGCAGGCCUUUGGGGAUUUCUCUCCCACAGAUGUUCAUAAACAGUAUGCCAUUGUGUUCCGGACACCUCCCUAUCACAAGAUGAAGAUUGAGCGUCCUGUAACCGUGUUCCUGCAGCUGAAACGCAAGCGUGGCGGGGAUGUGUCAGACUCCAAACAGUUCACCUAUUACCCUCUGGUGGAAGACAAGGAGGAGGUGCAGCGGAAACGGAGGAAAGCCUUGCCCACCUUCUCCCAGCCCUUCGGGGGUGGCUCCCACAUGGGUGGAGGCUCUGGGGGCUCGGCUGGGGGUUAUGGAGGAGCUGGAGGAGGAGGUGGCAGCCUCGGCUUUUUCCCCUCCUCCUUGGCCUACAGCCCCUACCCGUCGGGCUCGGCCCCGAUGGGCUGCUACCCCGGAGGCGGGGGCGGGGCGCAGAUGGCCGCCGGGGCGCCUGGCGUGGACGCCGGGGAGGAAGCAGCAGAGCCGAGCGCGUCCCCCCUAACCCUCCAGCGCGAACCGCAGGCCUCGGACCUGCUGCAGCGAGCCCGGGAGUACAAUGCGCGCCUAUUUGGCCUGGCGCAGCGCAGCGCCCGAGCCCUGCUCGACUACGGCGUCACCGCGGACGCGCGCGCGCUGUUGGCGGGACAGCGCCACCUGCUGACGGCUCAGGACGAGAACGGAGACACGCCGCUGCACCUAGCCAUUAUCCAUGGGCAGACCAGCGUCAUCGAGCAAAUAGCCCACGUCAUCUACCAUGCCCGGCACCUCGGUGUUGUCAACCUCACCAAUCACCUGCACCAGACGCCACUGCACCUGGCAGUGAUCACCGGGCAGACAAGCGUGGUGAGCUUCCUGCUGCAGGUGGGCGCGGACCCGGCACUGCUGGAUCGGCACGGAGACUCCGCAGUGCACCUGGCUCUCCGGGCGGGUGCCUGUGCCCCCGACCUGCUGCGCGCCCUGCUACACAGCGACGUUCCUGCCGUGUCCCAGCUGUUGCACAUGCCGGACUUUGAGGGCCUGUACCCAAUACACCUGGCAGUCCGUGCCCGAAGCCCCGAGUGCCUGGAUCUGCUGGUGGACAGUGGGGCUGAAGUGGAGGCUGCAGAACGGCAGGGGGGCCGAACAGCCCUGCAUCUAGCCACCGAGAUGGAGGAGCUGGGGUUGGUCACACAUCUGGUCACCAAGCUCCGUGCCAACGUGAAUGCCCGCACCUUUGCGGGAAACACGCCUCUACACCUGGCAGCUGGACUGGGAUCCCCCACCCUCACCCGCCUCCUUCUAAAGGCUGGUGCCGAUAUCCACGCAGAGAACGAGGAGCCCCUUUGCCCACUGCCUUCGCCCCCCACCUCUGGUAGCGACUCAGAUUCUGAGGGACCUGAGAGGGACACCCGAGGCAGCUUCCGGGGCCACACACCUCUUGACCUCACCCGCAGCACCAAGGUGAAGACCUUGCUGCUAAAUGCUGCUCAGGACACCGCCGCACCCCCGCUGACACCACCCAGCCCCGCAGGGCCAGAGCCUCCACUUGAGGAUACAGCCCUACAGAACCUAGAGCACCUGCUAGACGGGCCAGGAGCCCAGGGCAGCUGGGCAGAACUGGCAGAACGGCUGGGGCUGCGCAGUCUGGUGGACACAUACCGGAAGACCGCCUCGCCCAGUGGCAGCCUCCUGCGCAGUUACAAGCUGGCUGGUGGGGACUUGGCAGGCCUGCUGGGUGCCCUGUCUGACAUGGGCCUGGAGGAAGGAGUGAGGCUGCUGAGGGGCCCUGAGGCCCGAGACAAGCUGCCCAGCACAGCAGAGGUGAAGGAGGACAGUGCAUACGGGAGCCAGUCGGUGGAACAGGAGGCAGAGAAGCUGGGCUCACCCCCUGAGCCACCAGGAGGGCUCUGCCAUGGGCACCCCCAGCCUCAGGUGCACUGAACCGCUGCCCACCCACCAGCCCCUCCCUGGGCCCCUCUGUACAGCAUCCCUGCCUGUUCCAGUUCUUAUUUAACACCCCAUGCCCACCCCUCAGUUGGGGCAAAUAAAGGAUUCUCAUGGGAAAGGGAGGGGGCACAGCCCCCUCUCUAACUUAUGGCAA